GAGUCUUUGGUUUCUAUUAAUUACUGUGCUCACUGUCCAAUUAAACUGUUAAUUUAUUAUUGUAACACUGUUCUGUGAAUUUUCACCUGCUAACAAUAACUUCCAGUUUAUUAGGUUGAGUAUUGCAGUUUGACGAUGAGAAGAGCAAAGUCAAUUGUGUUGAUAAGGUUUUGAAAGUCCAUGCUCUCAUAUUGACUUGUCACUUAUUGAUUGUUUCUGCUGUUACGCUUUAUUUUUUUUCAACAUUAUGCUGCUCGAUGUUGUUAGUCAUUGACAAUUCGUCAUUUUUAUUUUGAUUUAACAAUAUGUGAACCUUUUCCAUGGAUUUUUUGCAAUUACCAUCCUCACAGACAACAAUCACAACUUUAUCACCCUUAUCAUUGAUACCGUUGCCAUUUCAUUAAACGUAAACCAUUCAUUUCUGACUUCUAUUCAUUACCAUUUCUCUUUAAUUAUCUUUUCCUUUCUUGGAUCCCAUAUUCAUCAAGCUUCUCUUCGCAUGUAAAGUGCUUUAAUUUAUUAUUUGUGCAAAAAUUUUCAACUUAAAUCAAAAACAAAAUUUGUAAUUUAAAAAAACUGACUUCACCUUGAACCUUCAUCUUUCAAGGAUUCUUUUUGAUUUUAAUUUAUUAUCAUGGACAGUGACGAAUACGAAGAAAGUGAACCACUUUUCUACACUUUUGGAAGUCAUUUCAAGCUUAUGCUAAGGUUCCUUGUUGGCUUGUCUAUAAAUUGGACAACGAUUAAAUGUUUACUUAAUUCUAUCAGAAUGGCUCUUAUGCGAACAGAGACCAUUAUCCUGUUUUUGUCUUUGUUAAUUAUUUAUAUUUGCUGUCAUUCGUCUGAUGUAUGGCCUGCUUUAUUGAUCAAAAGGAUACCUCAUCAAUGGCUUCUCAAAUUGAAACUUAUAAAAGUCAAAACAAAAAAUAAUUGCAGUACGUCAGCAAAUGAACUGCUAAUAAACAAUGUUGGUAUCUAUGCUAUACAGGGUAGACGUCCUAAAAUGGAGGACACAUUUUCUUAUUGUGACGAAUCAAAAAGGCUAGGGAUACAAAUGUUUGGUGUCUUCGAUGGCCAUGGAGGCGAUUCUACUUCUAAGCUUGUGCAAGACCGUCUUUUCACAUCUAUUAUUAAAGCCCUAGAAAAUGCUUCGAAAAUCAAUAGCCAUACAAAUAUUAAUGACGAAACCAAAUCUGAAGAGAAAGAAGAAUGUCCCGCCAAUAAUGAAAGUGACUGUAAAACUUCAACCUCUUCUUCGAAAUCAUGGUUAUCUAGUGAAGUGAAUCAAGGUGAUAAUAGCUAUGAAAUCGGACCAAAAGAUGUAUCUAGGAUAAUCAGUAAACAAAUAACCGAAUUGGAUAAAGAAAUCGUAAAAGAGAUGAAAAAGAAAAAUGACGUGUCCGGAACUACUGCUCUUGUUGCAGUUAAUAUGAUCAAAGAAAGAACUUUAAUUGUAGCUAAUGUUGGAGACUCUAGAGCUGUUCUGUGUGAUCGUAAAGGCAAUGUGAUUCCUUUAUCUUUUGACCAUAAACCUCAACAGGUUAAAGAACAUAAAAGAAUUGCAGAAGCCGGAGGAUUUAUACAAUUUAAUGGUGUCUGGAGGGUAGCUGGUAUUUUAGCAACUUCAAGAGCUCUCGGAGAUUAUCCAUUGAAAGAUAACAAUUUUGUGAUCCCAGAUCCGGAUAUUUUGUCCUUCGAUCUUGACCAUGUUAAACCAAGCUUCAUGAUCUUAGCAUCUGAUGGGUUAUGGGACACUUUUACUAAUGAAGAAGCCUCAGAAUUUGUUAGGAUGAAUCUUGAGAUGUUACAAAAAAGAACCUGGGUUUCUUCUCGAAGUAUCGCACAGGAACUCGCCAAAAGUCUCGUUGAACAAUCUUAUAAAAAAGGUUCAUUGGACAACAUAACUGUGAUAAUUGUAUUAUUUGAUUGAUGAAAACCAAAGAAAAAUCAGAAGGCUCUAACUAAAUCUGUUAACAUGAGAUAUCAACUCAUAAGAAUUUUUUCCUCACUUCAUUAUACCUGCCUUUGAACAAGUGAUCUAUGGUCAAGUCAUUAACUCCUAUUUUUGUCUAACUUUUUCGAAUCAAAGACGACUUUGUAUCUACCGUCCAUCGUACUUGAGCAUCUCAACAUUUUAAUAGCUUUACCUGAUGCUUUGCUUGAUUAUGAUCAUGUCGAUUGUUGAUGCAUCAAAUCACAAGAUUGGAUGCAAAAGAAAGUGUAAUAAAAUGGUCAACCAUUCAUAUCCAUUAGUGGCCUAAUGAUUCAAUGGAAAAACUGUAAUAUGUUUUCAAGGCUUUCAAUUUUUACGUUAACAUUAAACUUAUCAUGAAUCUGACUGAAA